AUGGAAUCUCCUACGCCGGCACAGGAUACCUCGAAACCAGCGCUACGCCGACUUGAGUCUCUUCUACGCCAUGUACUCCGGAUUUCUGUCAGCGAUGGCCGUAUCUUUAUUGGUACUUUCGCUGGCACAGACAAACCCCUCAAUAUCCUAUUGAUCAAUGCAGAGGAGUAUCGCAUCGGCCUUAACGAGAAUCCUUCAGGCAGAUUUGUUGGACAAAUCAUGAUUCCGUGGAAGAUCGUAACGAAGGUGGAGGCUCAAGGAGACGCCACCGAUUUUGAAGGCGAUGUAUCCAUGACCUAG